GAAUAAAAGUGGCGAAAGCGAGAAGUUGAACACCACCCCCCCCCGGGACGGGCUUUGUGGUUCAGUCCGGUUGCCGUGGAGACGGAGAGUAACAGCCGGGCCCGGCCGCUCGCCCCCGCGGCCAUGGCCACGCUGGCUCGGCUGCAAGCUCGGGCGACGUUCUUAGCGCAUCAGUACUACUUCAGGAGCAGUGUUGUAGAUUUAUUUAGGAAAAAGGAGUAUGAUGCAGCAGUUAAGAUCCAGAGCUGGUUUCGAGGAUGUCAAGUUCGGGCAUAUAUCAGGCAUUUACACAGAGUAGCAACUACUAUUCAAAAAUGGUGGAGAAGUUACUUAGGCAGACAACAGUAUCAAGUAGUUGUGAAGUUAGCAUCUUGUGCUAUGAAGAUGAAUCUCUACAACGCAAUGGCUGUCAGGAUUCAGAGGCGAUGGCGAGGCUAUAGGAUUCGGAAGUACUGCUUCAACUAUUUUUAUUUGAAGGAGUACCUGAGAGCUGUUUCAGAGACCAAUGAUGCAGUUAGGGAGGCACUCGAGGAGUUUGCAGAGAUGAAAGAAAGAGAAGAGAAGAAGGCCGACCUCGAAAGGGAGGAGAAGAAAAGAGAUUACCAAGCCCGAAAGAUGCAUUACCUCCUCAGCACGAAGCAGAUUCCAGGUAUAUACAAUUCGCCAUUCAGAAAAGAUCCUGAUCCAUGGGAGCUGAGGUUACAAAAAGCAAAGCCUUUAACAUGCCACAGGCCCAAAGUUAAGCAGAAGCGCUACAUCAGCCUUAGCAGUUGGCUGGCUUGUACGAGUGCCCGUUCCUUUCCUCGUUCGGAAAUUCUCCCACCCAUUGAUAGGAAACGAUGUCAGGGACCAUUCCGUGAUAUCACUGAAGUAUUGGAACAGCGCUACAAGCCUUUGGAGCCAACGUUGCGAGUGGCAGAACCAAUCCAUGAGUUAAAGGUGGCCAGAGAAGAGCUCCAAAGACAGGAAUGGAUGCGCAAUGUAAAUGACAAUAUGUUUUUGCCAUUUUCGUCCCAUCAUAAAAAUAAAAAGUACAUCCCAUUAAUGCAUUCAUCAAGCAAGUAUGGCCCCAACUCUUAUGGAAGUCAACAUUUUAGAGAUGAAAAUCCUAGGAAGUGGAUCUGUGACAAGCUCUUCAGUCUUGCAGUUGACUUCCUGCUCCUCAUGCAGAGAUCAACUAAAUUCUCAGAAACAGAUGGUGUUCCCUCUACCACCAACUUACCCUUCUGCAGUUCGGCAGUUGGCAAGGCCAGAUGGAUUAACAUCCUGGAAUUAAAUUUUUCACCAAAUUCUUUUAAGUAAGCAGACGUUUUAUUAAUAUGGACUUCUGGACAUGGAACAAUACCCAGAGAUGAUUGAUUGGAAAAUCUAAUUAAAGGCAACAAUGUGGAAGAACCGAA